GCACUCCUCUGGAAGGGAUUGAGCACCCUUGAUCUGUUUCUGCAUACACUAUGCAUGUUACUAUCUUGUACGCGAUCGCAUACGCAUCAACUAUUAGUCUUAUUCUUUUGUGGAAAGCAUGGAAUCUUAUUGUUCUUCGAGCCCGGGAACGAUUUCUUUCUGUCGUUUCAAGGUGGCUGUUCUAUACAGUUGUCUUUCCAAGAGCCCGUGGAAGUACUGAUGCUACUAUCUUUUCCGUGGCACUAGCUAUUCUGUUCGCGGUUGGAAACAUUGUUGGUUCUACGCUUGCUGUGCAAACAAAAGCUGAGUUGUCGAUGCGUCUAGCAAGGCUGUCUAUACUGAAUAUGGUUGUCCUAUUCGUAGGCGGAAGGACCAAUAUUGUAAUAGACAAACUACUCAAGUGGACAAUAACAGAAUACUCCUUUUUGCAUCGUUGGAUCGGGCGGGUUUCGCUUGUGGAAGCGUUGCUUCAUGGGCUUCUCUAUUACCUUGACCGUCGAUCGAUCAACGCUUAUGAGAUUUCGCUUCUUGCAGUUACUGCUGCAAUAGGAUGCAUGUCAUUCGUCUACGUUCGACGGCGGAUCUACGAGACAUUCCUCUCAACUCAUCGACUCCUGUCAUUUGCCGUCCUUAUUUUAUCUUGGCUCCACAUAACCCACCUUGGUCUAUUCAGUCUUGUGUGCCUAAUCUCAGCUGUUACUCUUUUUUCUAUACAAAAGAUUCUGUGGUUGGGAUUCUUCCUCUAUCGGAACCUAGGGUCUGGUCCUCGGUGCGAAGCUACACUGGUCCGAUACCCAAACACUUUUGGAACUGAAGAGAUAGUGCAGCUUCAAGUUUCUCUAAAAAGGCCUUGGAAUGUCCGACCGGGGCAGUACGUAUACUUGUCGCUACGGCAGCCUGCGUACUUUUGGUCUGGGAUUGUUGAGUCCCAUCCGUACAUGGUCGCAUGGGCAUCGGACAGUGACGACGCAUCAUCGCACGUAAUCACCCUUCUUGUUCAGUGUAGAAGAGGUUUUAGUAGACGGUUAAGUUUGACUAGGAUGAGAGCCUCCACGCCCCAACAUAUGUCAGCUAGCAUCGACGGGCCAUAUGGCGGAGCUGGCUUGGAAAAGCUUCAAGAUUAUGACAAAGUACUCUUCAUGGCUGAUGGCAUCGGCAUUGCUCACCACCUAAUGCCUGUCCGCCACCUGCUUGUCUCUCACAACAAGCAGACAGCUCGGAUACGCCGCCUAACCCUUAUCUGGUUCCUACGAAGCAGAGACCAAAUGUGUUGGGCGGUGAAUUUUCUCCUUGCUCUGCAUGACUUAGAUGAUAGGAAGAUUCUGAAUAUCUUUAUCACAACCCCGUCUUCACUCGAAGGAUCCGCGGAAGGGCGAAAUUCUGCUCUCCCAGAGCUAAGGAGUCGGAUAUACAUGUUAAAUGAGAUUGACAUUGACCUGUGGAUUAAUGAAGAGUGGCAAGCUGAGGCAGGGAACAUGUUAACCGUAGGUAAGUAUUAUAGCCCUUAUUCCUCUUAGUGCUUUAGUAACACCUCUUAAGCAUGUGGGGACCCGCACUUUGAGAACCGCGUUCGGAGAGGUGUUUGCAGAAGCAACUACACUGUUGACUUUCUUAACGGAGAGUUUCAACCUGAUGAUACCCCGUUUGGAAACCUUUCUCAGCUGAAUUAUACAUUACCAUAGAGACCUCUAUAGCGAAUA